AUGGCAAAACUUCCCGUUGAUUGUUUAUCAGAGAUUUUUUCAUAUCUUGAAAAUGACAUCAAAAGUUUACAUAGUUGCGUAUUAAUAAAUAGAUUAUGGUGUGAAGCAGCGUUGAAAUAUUUAUGGAAAAAACCAUUUAAUCAAAUUAUUAAGGCAUCAAUCAAUUCACUAAGAGAAUUUCCCAACAUGACGUAUAAAAGUUCUUUUAAAUUUGUUAAUUUGUCAAAUACUUUGUUUAGAUGUAUAGUCUACAAUAAACAAAUUAGUAGUGGGAUUCGGAAUAGUCAAUUUGGAACAGCUUUCAACUAUGUUUUAUUUAUCAGAUAUUUGGACUUUCAGACUUUGAUUGUAGUGUUUGCAAUAUGGGCUAAAUACAUUCAAGACUAUUUAUCUCCAGUUGAUCGUGAAUUGAUUGCAGAGAUUUUGGAGAGAAAAAAUACAAGAGAUUUCAUAAAAUACACAAAUAAUUUAUAUAGCGAAAGCGUGUUAAUCCAAAUAGUUGAAAAUGUUGCUAAAUUAAUUACAUUACAAAUCCCUAGACUGGAAUCCAUCUCAAUUACCACAUCUAACAAUUCGAAAUCAUUUUGGAAUAUCUAUGACAAUUUACAUGUAGAGUAUCCGGAAGUCAGCAAUAGGUGUUUUUCACAAAUCAAAAGGUUUGAAUGGACAGCUGGUGAUAAUGGUGUAAAGUUUUUGACAAAUUUUAUAAGGAUUUCACGUAACAUAAAAGUACUCAAGAUUGAUUGGGAUGACCAUUGGUUUGCUAAAGAUGACUUGUACAAGAAUGAUGAUUUGCUUGUAAAUCUAAUUAAAAAUCAAAAUGCAUUGGAGGAAUUUCAUAUGUUCUUUUAUACUCAAAAUGGGAUUCCAAAAAUAAUUGAAGGGCUUGAAUUCCAAUCAAAGCAUCUAAGGAAAAUAGUGCUAAAAAGAAAUAGGAUUCAUGAUGGAGGUUAUAUCACAAGGAUUUUAAACUUGGAAGGAUUAGAAGAUUUGAUCAUUAAGCAUUGUUGGCUUGAAACUGGUGAAAGACAUUGGCCGGUAGAAAAGAAAUUACAUUCAUUGGUGAAAUUUAAAUUUGUUUUGAACGAUCCAAUUCUUAUCAUCAGACCAAUCAAUUAUUUGACAACAACCGAUUUCAACGAUUCAUCCAAAUUGAGGGAAUUUACUUACGAUGAAAAUCGUUUUCAAAUGGAUUUUGUGACUAUCGCAAUGCAUAUUUCAACAUAUUUUACUAAUUUGGUUUAUUUGGAUUUGUGUAUAUACAUAACGGUUCCAUCGCUAUCAGAAAUAUUAUUAUCAUGCAAUAAACUUGAAAAAAUAAUCGUCAAAGAUAGAGGUUGGAAACAGAACUGGCAAAAUGAAAAGAAUGAAAACAUUCUAAAUAUUGAUAAACUAAUGAAAGAAAUCAAUCUAACAAAGUUGAGGCAUUUGGAAUUAAAAGGGGUUUUCAGUUUUAGUGCACACUCAUUAGAGCAAUAUUUGAAAAAAUCAAAUCCACCACUUGAAGUCAUGGAAAUACUUGGAUCAUACGAUUUUGGAAAUGAACAUCUUGAAGUUUUGCUUGAAUCGUUAAAUGUGAGGCUGCAAAAACUUAGUAUAGAAUCUCGCAUGGGUUUAAAAAGAACUUUAAAAGCCAAAGCCACUAAAAUCAUCAAAAAUUUCAAAUACGAAUUCAUUAAACAAAAAAAAUCAAAUCAACAACUGUUUGACAUCAAUACACCAUAUCCCAAUACGCGUUCCAGGAAAAAACUCGACGACGGCGGCGGUUUUACAGAAUAA